GCCUGGGGCGGGCGAGCCGGCCAUGGAGGACGAGCGAAGCUUCUCAGAUAUCUGCGGCGGCCGCCUGGCCUUGCACCGCCGAUACUACUCCCCUUACUGCCUAGAGUUCUGCCUCAGCUGCCCUCGGAUCUCUUUGCGCUCGCUCACCGCUGUCACCUGCACCGUGUGGCUGGCCGCCUACGGACUCUUCACACUCUGUGAGAACAGCAUGAUCCUCUCUGCUGCCAUCUUCAUCACUCUCUUAGGCCUGCUUGGUUACCUCCAUUUUGUAAAGAUUGAUCAUGAGACUCUGUUAAUCAUUGAUUCCCUGGGCAUCCAGAUGACCUCAUCCUAUGCCUCAGGCAAAGAAAGCACCACCUUCAUUGAGAUGGGCAAGGUGAAGGAUGUCAUCAUUAAUGAGGCUAUUUACAUGCAGAAGGUGAUUUACUACCUCUGCAUUUUACUGAAGGAUCCAGUGGAACCACAUGGAAUAUCCCAAGUAGUACCCAUCUUCCAGGCGGAUAUCAUGAAAUUUAGACAGAUUAAAAACUGUCUUUUGAGCGCUUCCCACAGUUCACAGGCUGGGCUGUGGGCCUCGUUAGGGAUCACUCCCAGCAAAGUCCUGUGAGGCCUGAACUUGCACCUCUCCAAGCCCACACCUGUGCCGUUCAGCCCCCCCGGGUUGUGGGGGAGAGAGCAAGGUUGCACGUGGACGCAGCACCGCUGAUCCGUCUCUUAUUCACCUUGACUCUGCAUCUCUCCCCUCUGGAAUUCAGAGUGCCAAGCCCCGGCUGGACUGCUUGAUUGAAGUGUACAGGAGCUGCCAGGAGAUCCUGGCACACCAGAAAGCCACAUCAGCGAGCCCAUGAGUCCCAGCGUUCAGAAAGCCAGUAUUGUCUACCAGGGAUUGUCUACCAGAGACUCCUAAGCCACAGUGGCUGGCUUAUUUUCUGUAUUUUAAACCUUCAGGUGGACAUAGUCUGAGAAACCAGUAUGGAUAUGGUGGAUCUCAGAGCCCUAGAGAAGGUGACUGAAAACCUAACUUAUUGUGUGAUAUUGAGCAAAGUAUUAAUGUAUAUUUUAGUGUUCCUCUUGUACGGUUUUAUUUAUUUUACCAAUUGAGGGGAGACCUUGAAACUCUAUGUUAGGAGUAAUGUUGACUAAGCGCACUUUGUGAGCACACUCGGGCUUACUUUUUGUUGGAAUUUAUAGAAAAUGGGAAAUGGACAUCAGCUCUUUUGAUAAAGAUAACUUGUACAACUGUGCAUUGUCCCUGUAUAAAAGUUAAGAAAGAAAAAAAGCAAGCCCUUCGGGGACUGGUUAGUAGGAAGCAAUGUCCUAGAAAAGACUAGUCUCUCUCCACCUAGCUCCUGUGUUCCAUACAGGGUUACUUUAUGAUGAUUCUCUUAAUAAACAGAUAUUCUUCCAAAACA